AAAACAGAGGUUCCUAUUGGGAGAGUGAAUGAGUGGGAAGCCAGGAGGGAAAAUUUAUCACACACAUGUAAGUUUCCCCUCUGCUUCGAAACUUCCCACACUCUGUCCCAGACUCUGCAUGGAAACAGGAUACAGAAACCAGAGGGUUUGCAAAACUCACUCCAGCGGGAGGCGGCGUUUGGACUCCUGGGACCCCGAUCUUCCCGCAGCUGGAAGAGCUGACAUCUGGGGACCUCGUGGCAAAAGCAACAAACCUCUGGCUGUUUGGUUACUGGCAGUAAGAGGGCUGCCUGCUCCUGGGCCUGGGGAUUGGCCCGCAACCUCGCGGAGAGAGGCCGUGCGCGUCCAGCGCUUGGCCGAGCUCUGCAAGGUCUCUGCUUCUGGCGACAUGCGGCGCCUGCUGCUGCUGCAGCUCUGGGCGCUGCUCCGGGUCUGGGGAGGCCCGGAAGGCCCGCAAAGGAGCAUCUCCUUCCGCUGCUUGCAGAUCUCGUCCUUCUCCAACAGCAGCCAGGUGCGCACGGAUGGCUCAGCCUGGCUGGGGGAGCUGCAGACCCACAGCUGGGUCGACUCCUCGGACGCCUUCCGCUUCCUGAAGCCCUGGUCCCAGAGCGGAUUCAGCGACCAGCAGUGGGAGAGGUUGCAGCACAUCUUUCGGGUUUAUCGAAUCAGCUUCACCAGAGAAGUACAAAAAUUCGUCAAAAAGCUACAAGUAGCCUAUCCCGUUGAGAUCCAGCUGUCCGCCGGCUGCGAGGUGCGCCCAGGGAACGCCUCCUCAGCAAACUUCUUACACGUAGCAUUUCAAGGAAGCGACUUCCUGAGUUUCCAAGGAACCUCCUGGGAGCCAGCUCCACAGGUCCCAGACUGGGGAAACUGGGUCAUCGGAGAGCUCAACAAGGACCAGGGCACGAGGGAAACAGUGCAGUGGCUCCUCAGUGACAUCUGCCCCCAACUUGCCGGUGCCCUGCUUGAGGCGGGGGCUUCAGAGCUGCAGAAGCAAGUGAAGCCCGAGGCCUGGCUGUCCAGUGGCCCCAGUCCCGGGCCUGGCCGUCUGCUGCUGGUCUGCCACGUCUCAGGAUUCUACCCGAAGCCAGUGUGGGUGAUGUGGAUGCGGGGUGAGGAGGAGCAGCCCGGCACUCAGCACAGCGACCUCCAGCCCAAUGCUGACUGGACCUGGUAUCUCCGAGCCACCCUGGAGGUGGGGGCUGGGGAGGCUGCCAGCCUGUCCUGCCGGGUGAAGCACAGCAGUCUAGAGGGCCAGGACAUCGUCCUCCACUGGGGUGAGAAAGAAGAAGGUCCAGGCUGGACAUGGGAGGAGGAGGUCCUCGGGCACAGAAGCAGGCCCUGGGGCAGGAGGGGCUUGAUUGCCCCAGCAGGGAGGGGUUUCCAGAGAUGAGAGGGACAGAAGGAGGGAUUCCGGAUACAGGAGAGAAACAAAGCCCAGAAACUCAGAAAGGACUAAGGUAAAAUGUUCCAUAUACAAGAUAGAACAUGAAGAAAAAUCUCAGAGAUACAGAAGUAGGGGGCAAAUAAAGAAUCCCAUGAGGAUUCAGUCCCCAGCAGGGAGGGGUCAGGGAUUUUAGACAGGCAGGCUGACAAAGAGAGCUGUGGUUUGUCCAGUGCUUCCUGCAU